AUGACAAUUCAAACCGGAUCCCUCCACACCGUUCGUAACCGCCAGUUAACGCCGAGGCGAGAUUACUUAUGUUUCAGUGGUCAAUUCAAAGGAGAAUUGGGUCCUUUCUUGCAAGCGCGGCCCAAUCAAGGGCCUCUAGAGAUGAUGAAAAGUUCGGUUUACACGUCGGGAAAAUGGAAGACUGGCCCAGGCCAAACUACUAUCAAUGUUACAUGUGCAUAUCACGAAGACUUUGCCCUGUCCGUGGGGGGUCCGCAACGGUACAACGGCAAAAUCACUAAAAUGGACAAUGAUUCUGUUUUGAGUUUUCAAUUAUCAGAUGGCGAGACCAUUGAAAAUGUGGGACAGGAGAGGGGCCGGACUCAGGGUGUCACCAUCGAUGGGGUGGGAUCAAUUGUCGAAUCAUGGACAAAAGAGGUUGAACAAGGAGCAAACAGUAAAACAUCCUUUGUGGUUGUUGAGCAUGAUGUCAAUGCCUCACAGGGAAUACAGUUCAACCGUUGUGAAUGA